GUUCCGUCCCAGAAUUUUCCUACCCUUACUCCAUCUGGCAGCCCGAGAUUCCAAUCAGAACAUCGCUCAUCAGCUGUUCAUUGAAUGUCAAGAAACCGCAAGUCAAGGUGCGUUUGCUUAAUUGAACCCCAGAUUAUCUGGUCGAAAUGAAAGAAAAUAAGAACUUCCCCGCCCUUAAAAACGAUAAUAUCCUGCGAGCAGCACGCGGAGAGGAUGUCGACCGGGUGCCGGUAUGGAUAAUGCGACAGGCCGGGCGCUACCUCCCCGAAUUUCAGGUAGAAGUGCGGAAAAUUCACGACUUCUUCACAGUCUGUCGGACGCCGGAAAUAGCUUGUGAGGUGACCAUGCAACCACUGAGACGAUUUGACCUGGACGCCUCUAUCAUUUUCUCAGAUAUUUUGGUGAUUCCACAGGCGUUGGGAAUGACUGUGGAAAUGCAUCCGGGCGUGGGCCCUGUAUUCCCAGAACCGUUGAAGAGUCCGGACGAUUUGAAGCUGCUGAACACAUCAGACCCUGUUGGGCGACUGACUUACGUCGGCGAUGCGAUCACCAUGAUGCGGCACUUACUCGAUGGGAAAGUUCCUCUUUACGGCUUCACGGGGGCGCCGUGGACCCUCAUGGGCUACAUGAUCGAAGGUGGCGGCAGCAAAACUAUGUCCAAAGCCAAGUCAUGGCUCACUGAAUUCCCUGACGAAUCUCGAACGCUACUCCAGCUUUUAACCAACACAAUCGUCGAUUAUCUGGAGAUGCAAGUCGUAGCCGGUGCACAAAUGCUUCAAGUGUUCGAAUCGAGCGCGGAACAUCUCUCCAAGGAACAGUUUGUCGCCGUCUGUAUACCUUACCUGAAAGAAAUCCGAGAAAAAUUGCAUGAAAGACUAACAUCAAAGUCCAUUCCUCUAGUUCCCAUGACUCUAUUCGCGAAAGGUGCUGGGCACUCACUCGCCGAGCAAGCUGCGCUAGGAUACGACGUUAUCAGCUUAGAUUGGACAGUUGACCCCAUCGAGGCGCGUAACCAAGUUGGGCCUAAUGUGACUCUUCAAGGAAAUCUAGACCCGCAGGAUUUGUACAAAAGCCCAGAUGAAGUUCGUAAACUGACCACGGAAAUGGUAAGGAAAUUUGGCAAGAAACGCUACAUUGCCAAUCUAGGACAUGGGAUCACUCCGCAGACACCUAUUGCAAGUGUUGAGGCAUUCAUUGAUGCUGUACACAAAGCUCUUUGAGGGACCAGAGGCUGCUACGAAGCACAAUGCUUGUUGUUAGGCUAGUUUUGAAAGCAUUUUUGUUACGCAUAAGAAACAUUUUAUGAAAGACACGAAUCUUUUAAUAAAACAUUUAAAAAUCU